UUUCACACACCGCACUCACAGACCAAGCUUUAGAUAGACGCAAGGGGAGCCGUAGCAGAGAUGAAGCUGGCCACUCUCUCCAUCGCGUGCAUGGCAGGGUGCGCUCGCGCCUUCGUUGUGCCUCCUGCAGCGAGGAGCAGCUUUGCGCAACCAGCGGCGCGCGCUGGUCUCUCGACUGCUGUGGGGGGCAGUCCGCGGAUGAGCAUUGCCAUCGUCACGGGAGCCAGCCGCGGACUGGGUGCCGCAAUCGCAAAGGACCUCGCCGGCGCGGGGUGCAGCGUGGUCGUCAACUACGCAGCAUCCUCCGGAGCCGCGGAAGAGGUGGUGAAAUCGAUCCAGGAGGCGGGGGGCAAGGCCACCGCCGUGAAGGCGGACGUGUCCAAGACGGACGAGGUGAAGACGCUCUUCGCGGACGCGGCGGCGGCUUUCCCGGACGAGAAGAUCGAGGUGGUGGUGAACAACGCCGGCAUCACGAGGGACACUCUCACCAUGCGAAUGAAGCCCGACCAGUGGCAGUCGGUGAUCGACCUGAACCUGAGCGGUGUGUUCCAUGUCUCCCAGGCGGCGUGCAAGCUCAUGCUCAAGCAGCGCAAGGGCCGCAUCAUCAACAUUUCGUCCAUCGUGGGGCUCAUCGGCAACCCCGGACAGGCUAACUACGCCGCCGCGAAGGCUGGCGUGAUCGGCAUGACGAUGUCCAUGGCGAGGGAGUUCGCCGCUCGAGGCGUUACCGUCAACGCCGUGUGCCCCGGGUUCAUCGAGAGCGACAUGACAGCCGACCUCGACCAGGAUGCCAUCAAGAAGAUGAUCCCGCUGGGCAGGCUAGGAAAGCCGGAUGAGAUCGCGGGGAUGGUCAAGUUCAUUGCCACGGAGGACAGCGCGGCGUACAUCACGGGACAGACCUUCACCGUGGAUGGUGGCAUGGCCAUCGGCGCGUGAGCUCCAAGUGUCACCGACCCAGUCGCGUCCGGCCGAGAUGGCGAACGCACCACCGUGCAGCAACACCCGUGUCAGUGCUACGACUCAAGAUGGGAGCUGCUCUACGUUGAAGCUCAAAGCGCACUGCCUGUUGCUGCGCUAUCCAUUCCAAAGUCGGCAUAGGAGCACUGCGCCAUUUGGAGCCACCCCCCCCCCCUCCGAAGUGCUCGGAGUGAUGCGCUCAUGUGGCACGUUGCUUCGCCGCUUGGGUUGGACCAGAGCUUGCAAAAUCUCGUGAGUGGCAAGGGUGCAACGGGGCAACCCCAGGAAGGAAGUAACUUCUUGUCGUCGUCUCAUGGAGGGAGCGAUAUGCCUCGGGAAGGGGUUGGCGUAGAUGCGCCAGAGGCGAGAUGUGCCUCGGGUUUCCUCACUAGUCUCUUGUUGGAUUGGCCAAGCGCUGUUUUUGGAGGUCGAUGGCAUGAUUAUUUGUCCUCCAGUACAGUAUAGACACAGGGUGGAGACAUGUGGCACGAUAGGCUGCUAGGUUAAAUUGGUCAAAUGCGUAGAAUAGGGUUAGGAUUGUGCAUGCGUUAGCGAGAUCUUGGGGGAGAGUUGGUGCGCCAGCCCCGGUUACAGCCGAGGCAACGGCCCGAUCUUCUAGUUUAAUUUUUUAAUUACGGCCUCUAUGUGGUGCGCUCCCCCUCACCUCCUCUCCUCUUGUCACUGAGGAGCUCACUACCUUGCGCCAUCAUAGAAGGCAGCGGUCGCUCUUUCGGAGGGGUCCGGGGUGGGGGGCUAUCUGCCGUCAUUCAUUUACUCCCCACAAUGGUGAUGUGGGGGUGUUUUUGCGUCCUUCCCGAUGGUCCGGGUAACAUGAACUAGGACCGUCGUGCUUUCCUCAUCGGCGACUUGUUUCCGGUGUGAAGAAAAAAAAAAAAAGCAGUGACAACGACCGGCCCACCGGUCCCCCAGGCAGCGGGGCUUCUGUCUU